AUGCGGAGCGGUUGCCGCAUCGCCCUUCAUCUCCGUCUCCCUAUCCUGAAGGAGCUGGAUGGGAAGCUGGCGGCAAGCAAAGGGAUUAACGGAGUGAAGGAGCUGGAUGGGAAGCUGGCGUCGAGCAAAGGGAUUAACGGAGUGGUCUCCCUCUCCUGUGCAGAAGGAGCGCAGGAGCUGACGGCGAGCAAGCGAGUCACACGGGAGAGCUCUCUUGUGCAGGAGGAGCGCGAUCGGGAGCUGACGGCGAGCAUGGGAGUCCCACGGGAAGAGUUCUCCCUCUCUGACGGAGCGCGAUCGGGAGGUGACAGGCGAGCAAGGGAGUCCCACGGGGAGAGCUCUCCCUCCCUUGUGCAGAAGGAGCGCGAUGGGGAGGUGACGGCGAGCAAGAAAGCCACACGGGGAGAGCUCUCCCUCUCUUGGAGGAGCUGGAUGCUGGGAGCGGGAGAAGGAGCGUGUGGUAAAAGCGUGAAGGAAGGUACACAAGAAGAGAACGCUCUCCUUCUCCUGGAGCGGGAGGAGGAGAAGCGCAGGCAACACCUGGAGCAAGCGGGGGAGGUACGCGGCGAGCUGUCCCUCUCUUGUGCAGGAGGAGCAGGAUGGGGAGCUGACGGCGGCAUGAUCGGGCGAGUGCACCGCUUAUCGUCCCGCGCGCACUUGCUGCCCCCUUUUUGCAUCCCCCUCCCCCCCUCUCCCCCCUCCUCAAUCUCCCCUCCCCUCCACUCACCCCUCGUUCCAGCCCUCUCCCCCUCCUCUCCCCCCACCCCCACUCACUCCUCAUCUCCCUCCCCCCCCUCCCCUCCCCCUCCCACCGUCCCCCCCAUCACCCCUCAUUUCCCUCACCCUCCUCCCCUUUUUAUCUCCGUCCUAACCGUCCCUCAUCCCCCCGUCCUCCCCUCCGCUUUCCCCCUCUCACCCCUCGUCUGCCCCCACCCAUUCACACACCAUUCGCAUCCCCCAUCCAUCCCUCACUCCAGGCAUACCCCCUCUUCCCCGUCUGCUCCUCCCCCAAACCUCUCAUUCCACCUCCACUCACCCCUCACCUCCUCACUGCUCUCCUUCAAUUCCCUCCACACCCCUCUCCCGCUCGUUCCCCCUUCUGCCCCCCUCCCUCCCCCAACCAGGGUUCUUGUCCCUUCCCCUCCCUAA